AUGGGCAACCAAUCCUCCAAGGAGUCCGGAUCGUCGGCCAAGGGUGCCGCUAAUGGCGACCGGACCGGCCCCGAGGGCUUCCAGUCGUAUCCUUCGUUCAGCAGGUCCGACACCAGAGAGUCAUCUAGGUCUUUUCGCUCCCUGCGCUCCAAGAUCCCAGGGUCCAACAGGACAGACAGUCCUAGGAGCUCGGCACUCAUUGUGAACGGUGAUGCGAACGAAAAGGCGGAUGUUACAGGUGGCAGGAGCGCAAGAUCGUCCCAGUCACGCAUCUCACGUGCCGAUUCUAUCCCGUCCCCCAGCUCACCGUCAUCGGUCGAUACUGCCGUGCCGACUUCUCCCGUGGCUGAUGACCUUCCGCCGCCCUCGCCGAUACAAUCCGCGUCCAUGAAGGCGGGAUACCACGAUGUCUCGGCUGCGCAGGCCAGCGGGGAGGUGGACCACGUUUCAGACCAACCGCCCUCGGGUGCCGGCAGUUCAGCCCUCCCUGCACAACCGGCGGGCCAGUCCAUCCUGGUGAAGCGCGAUGACGCUGUCAAUUUGGUUAACAACUCACCCAAUGAGUCUGGAAAGGAAGAUGCUGGAGUCACCAUGAGUGAGAUCAAGGAUAUUGACCUGGAUGAUUUCAUCAAGCGCCUUCUCGAUGCCGCCUACGCCGGCAAAGUCACAAAAGGAGUGUGUCUCAAGAAUGCCGAAAUCACGGCGAUCUGCCAUCGGGCUCGGGAAGUUUUCCUUUCCCAGCCCGCUCUUCUCGAGCUGGACGCGCCCGUCAAGAUAGUAGGAGACGUACACGGCCAGUAUACCGACCUGAUUCGGAUGUUCGAGAUGUGCGGGUUUCCCCCAAACUCCAACUACCUGUUCUUGGGCGACUACGUUGAUCGUGGCAAGCAGUCUCUGGAGACCAUCCUGCUUUUGCUCUGCUACAAGCUCAAGUACCCCGAGAACUUCUUCUUGCUGCGUGGAAAUCACGAAUGCGCCAAUGUCACGCGCGUAUACGGGUUCUACGAUGAGUGCAAACGGAGAUGCAACGUGAAGAUUUGGAAGACAUUCGUCGACACGUUCAACACGCUUCCCAUUGCGGCUAUCGUCGCUGCCAAGAUCUUCUGUGUCCACGGAGGACUUUCGCCGGCUCUCAGCCACAUGGACGAUAUCAGGAACAUUGCUAGGCCUACCGAUGUCCCUGACUACGGCUUGCUCAACGACCUUUUGUGGUCUGAUCCGGCAGACAUGGAGUCAGACUGGGAGUCAAACGAACGCGGUGUCAGUUAUUGCUUCGGGAAGAAGGUCAUCGUUGACUUUCUGGCCGCCAAUGACUUUGAUCUUGUUUGUCGCGCCCACAUGGUUGUUGAAGACGGCUACGAAUUCUUCACGGAUCGUGUUCUCGUCACAGUCUUUAGCGCUCCUAACUACUGUGGCGAAUUUGACAACUGGGGUGCCGUUAUGUCGGUAUCAACCGAACUUCUUUGCAGCUUUGAGCUCCUCAAACCUCUUGACUCUAAUGCACUCAAGAAUCAUAUUAAGAAGGGGCGGAAUAAGCGCAACCAAAUCCUUAACAGCCCGCCUGCGAGUGUGUAUCCUCAGAGCGUCUGAGGCGUCAAGGAGAUUGCGUGAACAUGGCACAUGUAUAACCAACAAUUAAUGGAGCUAUUUUGCUCAUCACAGGAGAACCGAUACGCUCUCGCAUAAUACAGAUCACAUGCACAUGGUCGAUUCGCGGAUCUUUUCGCAACAAGCAUAGCGGGGCAUCGAGGCACCGAAGCAGAAAAUAUGAGCACUCGACGAGGAGAGUGAUGCGAUAGCUAGGGCAACAGCAACUAUGAGGAUGGCGAUAGUCAAGCGAGUAACAGAUACGGUCAUCUGGCGGCAAUCAACGACAACGAGGGCUGGUCAAUAUGUUGGGAUUCUGGAACGUAUCUCGAUAGAGACACAGCAGGGGGCGUCACAGAUGGACGAACACCUCACACUUGGUCAACGAGACCCUUAUUCUCACAACCGCCGACGUUUCCACAAUGUGGCGCGUUUUGCUUUGGCUUGUCUUUUCAUCGAUAAGCAACGACACAACCAACGAGGUCAGGCGAGGGACACAUUACCGCUGCUGGGCACAAGGGGUGCCAUAGAAGGAACCAGAGGCAGUUCAGGAGCAAUUUGGGAAAAUGGAGGGUGCUUUGUUUUUGCUGGCUGGACAGCUGCUGAUGCCUGGGAGCAGGCGACUUUUGAGGCUUGGGUUUGGCUUUGGCGGAGAUGGUAAUGAUGUGUGUCGUGGGUUUUUGUGGGCGUGUUUUCGGCAUGUGUUGUUAGUCUGUGUGUGCGUGUGCGCGCGCGCGCAACACAAGGAAUAACUUGCUGGCUAUCGAGCGCGUUGUUUUGUUCUAUUUUCUCUUCGACUACUUUCUUUUUACCUCUUUAAUUUUCUUGAUGAACAACCAAAAAAAAAAUUCGACUCCCCUCUGAAUACGUUUAACGGUUAAUUCCUGUCUGUGUGUCAUGGGAUUCGAUGUGCUUUUAUGUGGGUGUUUUGACAUUGGUCGGUGGAGAUCAUUACGUCUAGUAGAGGGGUGAUGUGAAAGUCUACUGAAUACGAUAUGUUGGCGAUGAGCCAUGGCUUGGCUGAGGUGUUACUUGCGAUGAUAACUCG